UGCGGAAGCGAGCCUGUACCUUAGCGGAUAUAAAGGCGCGCGACAUGAUGUCUUAACAUUUCACAAUAUCUUUCAUAGUUUUCACGGUGGGUGACGCGGACGACGAUUUCCUGCGGCAUAAUUUUCAUUUUCAUAUUGAUAUGUAUAAUGAGAUACAGUUUAUUCACCCCAGCAGCAACAAGCCGUCGGUGCCGCGCUCGCGAACCACCGCUCACGCAGACGCUAUUUAGUUCUUUAAAAUAUGUCGUUAAACGUUGCGGUGCUAUGUUAUCGUGCCGGUGUUGAACCCACAGCUAUUUUAUUUAAGUAUAAAAUAUAUAAAAUAAAAUGUUGACGUGUGUCGGUUGACCGUGUAAACGGUUACCUUUCCGGAACUGGAAGAAGGUAUUUUUUGUAACGGUCAUCUGUGUGUGUAAAUUUCGGCAAAGAUUGCACAACGCGGUGCGGUCGGGAUAAACGGCCACAGAACUGGAUUUAAUUCAGCUCAUGGCAGGUAGGUGCGAGGCGUGGGGCUCGGCAAGUGCUGGGGGUGCAUCGGGUUCGGCGUUCUCGGCGGCGCUGCAAUUUUUCGCGGCCACCCAGUGCCUGCUCGGCGAGUCCUGGCCACCACACUCCAAUGUCCCCAAUGGGUCUAGUUACGACGUGAUCGUAGUGGGCGGUGGCAGUGCGGGCGCGGUGCUGGCGGCGCGUCUCAGCGAGCUGAGCCGGGUCAGCGUGCUGUUGAUAGAGGCAGGGGGCGACCCACCGCACGACUCUAUUGUACCCGGUUUCAAAGAUGUCCUAAAAGCGAGUCAAUACGAUUGGAACUUUACGACGGUGAACGAUGAAUUCUCGAGCCAAGCGCUGCAGGGAGGCAGUCAGGGCCAGCCGCGAGGGAAAAUGUUGGGCGGUAGCGGUAGCUUGAAUGACAUGGUCUACGCUAGGGGUUUUCCCGCGGAUUACGAUGAGUGGGGUGAUAGUAUCGGCGAGGAGUGGACAUGGGACAAAGUACUGCCAUACUUUAAGAAGACGGAACAUUUAACAGACGAAAGGAUUGUCGACGAUCUCAAGCUGGCUGAGUACCACGGUUUCGGCGGGGAGAUGGAGGUUUCAGGGAAGAACGAGUCCACCCACACCACCGACAGACUUAUUGAGGCAUUUCAGGAAUUAGGAUUUCACCUUGUUAAAGAUAUGACAAAUCCCCAUAACAUUGGUGUGGGAAGAUUCUCUCACAAUAUCAAGGAUGGCCAGAGACAGAGCUCUCUUACGGCCUUGCUUAAUAAAGCAGGAAAUAGAAAAAAUCUGUUCGUUUUGAAAGAGUCGCAGGUCGUCAAAGUCCUUCUGGAGAAUAAUACAGCAAUUGGUGUACAAGUUGUGAUCGAAAAUGAAGUGUAUUAUUAUUAUGCCAACAAGGAAGUUAUUUUAUCUUCGGGUGCGUUUAAUUCUCCUAAGCUUAUGAUGCUCUCGGGGAUUGGACCGAAAAAGCAUUUAGAAGAGUUAGGAAUAGAGGUAAUUAGGGACUUAGCCGUUGGAGAAAAUCUCCACGAUCACGUGAUGGUGCUCACUUAUUUGGCUGCAGAUAAUGGAACUUGCUUUUCUGAUGAACAAAGUAAAUACUUAGAUGCGAUAAAAUACCUGUACGAUCGCAGCGGCUCGUUUGCGAGGACGACGGAUGUCGGGGUCUACAUAUCGUUAUCGAGCUCACAGCAACCCAACGUGCCCGACUUUGCUAUCUACCCGACCUGCUCGCCGAUAGGUAGGAAUUUUUAUACAGGUUGCCUCAACGUUUUGAGAUUCAAGAAAGAGAUAUGCGAGAAACUACACGCCGAAAACAUGGAAAGGGAGUUGAUAACUUUAGCUGUCGUGAAUCUGAAACCGAAAUCGAGGGGACAAGUACGUUUGAAAUCCACAGACUAUUUAGACCCACCCUUGAUACACACGGGCACGUUCAGCGAUCCGAGGGAUUUGGAAGGGUACCCCGAAGCGAUGGAGGUCGCGUGGGCUCUCGUAAACACGUCUUAUUUCCAAUCAAAAAAUGCUCGUGUGAUAGAUUUAGACAUUGAGGAAUGUGGAGCAUUGGAGGGUGAUAGCAAAGCAAAAUGCAUAGCGCGAUGUUCGGCGAUGUCGGCAUGGCACUCAGUGGGCACGUGCGCGCUGGGCAGCGUGCUGGACGCGCAACUGCGCGUGCACGGCGUGCGAGGGUUGCGCGUGGCCGACGCAAGCGUCAUGCCCAGCAUCAUCCGUGGCAAUUCCAACGCGCCAGUCGUCAUGAUCGCAGAGAGAGCCGCCGACUUCAUCAAACAGACUUUACGAGCGAAUUAACACUAAAAAUGUAAUAUUGUUAUAUACUAAGUAUCAGUAAACAGUAUUAUUAUAGUUCAUAAUAAUCAUCAUAUUAUG